AUGGAAACCCUUUCUGUAAAAAUGAGCAGAUAUAACCUCACGUUAUCCUGUCUAGUUGCUUGCAUACUCUCCAUGCGCUACACCGGGACGACGGCGACAGAGACGACUCCGGCAUCCCAGGAGUCGUGCGCGUCCUGCGGCCUCAGGGCGCCCGACCAGUCGGAGCGAGUGGACGUGGACUUCUUGGAGGCGGUGAAGAGACACAUACUGAAUAGGCUGCAGAUGAGAGAGAGACCCAACAUCACCCAUCCCAUCCCGAAGGCUGCGAUGGUGACGGCGCUGAGAAGGCUGCACGCCGGCAAAGUGCGCGAGGACGGGAGAGUGGAGAUCCCUAACUUUGACGGACAAGCCUCCUACAGCAACGACGUGCAAGAGGAGACCUCGGAGAUUAUCAGUUUUGCUGAAUCAGAUGAACAAGGACCCUCCAAGUCCAGCAUGUACUUCCUUAUCUCCAACGAGGGCAACCAGAACCUGUAUGUGUCCCAGGCCAACCUGUGGCUCUACUUCCGUGUGUUACCGUCCGGACCUGAGAAAGGUCCCCGGAGGAAGGUGACGGUCAAGAUCCACUACCAGGAAGGAGGGGUGGCCACCGGUGGAGCAGGAGUCCCGGGAGGGGGCGGCGGAGGAGGCAUGGGUCGCUGGUCCCUGGUGGAGAAGCGGGUUGACCUGAAACGCAGCGGCUGGCACACCUUCCCUUUGUCGGAGGCUGUGCGCGCUGUGUUUGGGAAAGGCAGCAGACGGCAGGACCUGGAGGUCCGCUGCGAGGGCUGCGAGACGGCCGGUGUGGCAAUGGUGCUGGUGGACCCGGGAGACCCGUCCCAUCGCCCCUUCCUGGUAGUGCGCGCACGGCAGGCAGAGGGCAAGCACCGCAUCCGCAAGCGGGGGCUGGAGUGUGACGGCAGCAGCGGGGGCCUGUGCUGCCGGCAGCAGUUCUAUAUAGACUUCCGCCUGAUUGGCUGGAAUGACUGGAUCAUCGCGCCGGCCGGCUACUACGGCAACUACUGCGAGGGCAGCUGCCCGGCCUACAUGGCGGGCGUCCCCGGCUCGGCUUCGUCCUUCCACACAGCAGUGGUCAAUCAGUACCGCAUGCGGGGGAUGAGCCCUGGCUCAGUCAAUUCCUGCUGCAUCCCCACCAAGCUCAGCACCAUGUCCAUGCUGUACUUUGACGACGAAUACAACAUUGUCAAACGGGACGUGCCCAACAUGAUCGUGGAGGAAUGCGGCUGCGCUUGAGGUGGCCCCUUGUCAAACCCUUUCUUGACUUUGAACUUGAAAAUACAGUUUAAAAAAAAAGGCCUUCUGUACGAGCCGGACGUUUAUGUACGAUACGCAUAUACAUUGUAUCUAUUUUAUGUGGAAGCAACACCAACUGGUACAAAGCAGCAUGUAUCGGUGUUGCGUACGUGUGUGCGUGCGUGUGUGUGUGUGUGUGUGUGUGUGUGUGUGUGUAUGUGUGCAUCCUUGGG